GACCCCGGCCCCAGCCCCCGGACAAGCCCUUAUCUGAUCCCGGCUCGGGGUUUAAGAGUCUUGGCCCUGCCCGUCGCACAGCUCCGCUCGUCACUCCUAUCCGCCCCGUCUGUUCAUCUGUCCCGCUGUCUCUCGGUUCAUCAGAGCAAGCCAAUCCACCUCCGAGCCAAGAUGACAUCAGUUGCUAAGGUCUAUUACAGUCAGACGACUCAGACAGAAAGCCGGCCCCUCGUGGCCCCAGGCAUCCGUCGGAGGAGGGUCCUGACGAAAGACGGCCGCAGCAAUGUGAGAAUGGAGCACAUUGCUGACAAGCGGUUCCUCUACCUCAAGGACCUAUGGACGACCUUCAUCGACAUGCAAUGGCGCUACAAGCUUCUGCUCUUUUCUGCAACCUUUGCAGGCACCUGGUUCCUCUUUGGUGUGGUGUGGUAUCUGGUAGCUGUGGCCCAUGGGGACCUGUUGGAGCUGGGACCUCCUGCCAACCACACUCCUUGUGUAGUGCAGGUGCACACACUCACGGGAGCCUUCCUCUUCUCCCUCGAAUCCCAGACCACCAUUGGCUAUGGCUUUCGCUAUAUCAGUGAGGAGUGCCCUCUGGCCAUCGUGCUUCUUAUUGCGCAGCUUGUGCUCACCACCAUUCUGGAAAUCUUCAUCACCGGUACCUUCCUGGCAAAGAUUGCACGGCCCAAGAAGAGGGCUGAGACUAUCCGCUUCAGCCAGCAUGCAGUUGUAGCCUCCCACAAUGGGAAGCCUUGCCUUAUGAUCCGGGUUGCCAAUAUGCGUAAAAGUCUCCUCAUUGGAUGCCAGGUGACAGGCAAACUGCUUCAGACCCACCAGACGAAGGAGGGCGAGAAUAUUCGGCUCAACCAGGUCAAUGUGGCUUUCCAAGUGGACACAGCCUCUGACAGCCCCUUUCUCAUUCUACCCCUCACCUUCUACCACGUGGUAGAUGAGACAAGCCCCUUGAAAGAUCUCCCCCUCCGCAGUGGGGAGGGUGACUUUGAGCUGGUGCUGAUCCUAAGUGGGACAGUCGAGUCCACCAGCGCCACCUGUCAGGUGCGCACUUCCUACCUGCCGGAGGAGAUCCUCUGGGGCUACGAAUUCACACCUGCCAUUUCACUGUCAGCCAGUGGCAAAUACGUAGCUGACUUCAGCCUUUUUGACCAGGUUGUGAAAGUGGCUCCCCCUGGUGGUCUCCGUGACAGCACUGUGCGCUAUGGAGACCCAGAAAAGCUCAAGUUGGAGGAGUCAUUAAGAGAGCAAGCGGAAAAGGAAGGCAGUGCCCUUAGUGUGCGCAUCAGCAACGUCUGAGAUCCUAUUCUCUCCUCCCGAGCCCUCUGGCCUUUUCCUUUCUUAGUGCCCUGGGAAAAGGAUACUAUCUGGGUCCGCUGGAGAGCCCCGGAAGCACCCAUUCUCCACUUUCCCUUAAUGCUGUGGCCUGUGAGUAGCCCAGGCCAACUGCAGUCCUGUGUUUUCCCUCUCACUGUCCCCUUGCACCUUCCUCUACUGCUACACCAAUGUACACGACUCUUAAGCCAGGACGGGGCAAGAUGAGGGAAGAUUAAGCUGAAGUGGCUUGAAAGGCCUCAGCCAUGCUUGGAAAUUCACAUUAGGACCAUGUGACUGGAUGGGUAGACUCCCCCCAGCCACCCACUACUAGAAAGUCUGAUGACCUGUGACUGGAGCUCCUUCCAUUGGUGUCCAUCUAGUAAGUUCCGUAAAGCAGAACUCUCUCAGAGAGCCACUCUGUGGUCUAUGCCCUCAGAAACACCGGAUCUGAAAUCAGUUUUCUCUGGGCUCUCUACCAAAUCCUGAAGAAGCCAGGGUUUGUCAUGGUGUUUUAAUUUCAGCUGCUGACUCCUGAGGUAACCUAGACUCUUGGUCACCACCUUAUUUUCUGUUCUCAAGUGGAUCUUCUCAGGAUGCCCAGUUCUCUCUCAGCCUCUGUUUCCACAUAGCUGGGGCUGACCUGAGACACACGAACAGCCACUAUCCUUCCUGCAUCCAUUCUGGAUUCUGAGAAAUUCAAUUUUGGAACUAUUGUCUACUACUCUGAACUUGUCCUUCUGGCGGUCCUGUCCUGGAAAGAUUUGUUUUCCUGUUUCCUGUAAGUGGGAAGACCUUAGCCAAUGUGCUCCCCCCAUCCCAAUUAUUGGAAGCAGGGCCUCACUAUGUAGCUCUGGGUGUCCUGGAACUUACUAUGUAGACUAGGCUAGCCUGGAACCCACAGAGACCCACCUGCCUCUGCCUCUGCCUCCCAUGUGCAGGGAUUAGAGACAUGAGCCCCCAGUGCUCUCUUAAAUAAGUUCAGUACCCAGCCCCCAUGAAAAUAUCUAAAAGAACUCCAGAUUACAGUGUACCUGGUUCCUCUGCUUCCUUUCCUACCAGUCCCAGAACCCUCUUCCCUUAAUCCAACCUUGUGAAGAAAGAAAAACACAAGUCAUUUCCUUUCUUAACAUUGAUCUAUUAAACUAGUCACAGGACACAGAUUCCCCAGGAAAGUUGCACCAACUUCUCAGAUUUCCCGAUUGCUGUACAGAGCCUCUGGAAAUCUGCGAUGUUUUGUUAAGGUCUGGGCUGAAGCAGAACUCUGGCUGCCAGCCACUAUUUUGUUACAUCUCCUGGUGCCCUUCUGAAAAGAGCCAGCUAUUUUGUGAGGCAAUGCUGGGAGGAAAGGAACUUACAUUCUAAUCUCAGCCAUCCCGACACUUGGCAUAAAAUGAUGAAAGUCAGUGUCAUCUCUACUCUCUUCUGCCUAUGGGUCAGUUUCAGCAAAUUAAAAGACAACUUAAGGUCAGCCCCAGUCCAUUCCUAGCUGUUUGAUGAGGGCUGUGGCAGGGCUCAGGGAAGGACAUUAUACGCACUGAGUUCUGUUCUAAAGAGCAAAUUACACGUGAGUUCUGUCCACUUAGGUACACAGGAAAUCCUACAAGAUAGUUUAGCAGGAAUUCCGGCAGGAAUGAUUGAUGUAAGGUGGACUUGACAAAUGAUGACCAGCUGCACAUUCAUACAGGAUGUGCACAUAUCUCUGCACAAAUCCUUGCAGAGAAACCCAGAAGAUCUUGAGGCUGAACCUAUCUCAGCUGUGCCCAGUCCUCUUCUAUUGGUCUUCUUCCCUUGAAUUCAAUUAACUAGCUUGAAAAUGAAGAUCCUUCAGUCUCUCCUUACUCACCAUUAUCCUCAAACUCACAUCAAAACAAGAACCAGAAGAACCUGAAUGUCUGAAACAAAGAACAAAAGGCAAGAGCUGGCUUCUGUGCUUUUAAACAUAUUCAACACUGCACUUACUUGAUGGCAUUCAGUGUGCAGGGACCAAGUGUACUGCUGUGUGUGCAUCUUCUUAUCCACUGGCAAUUUAUCCUGUGUGCCUUCUGCACAUAGCUGUUUCCUUCCUGAAGGAAUGACUCGCUUCCCAGUCCCUUGCCUAAGGCCCAAUUCUCCUAAGAUUCUUGGAUAACAACAUGAGAAGAGAACAAUUUCUGCCUUAACCCCUUUUGAACUUCCUCUUCAAUCCUAGGCUUUGCUCUAAGUUGCACUUUAAAAUCAUUCUGUCCUGUUCAUUCAGAAUGACACCUUUUCCAACAAUGGGACAACUCCCAUUCCCAGCCUUAAGUGGUUCUUUAGAUCACAGCCCAACUCCCGACCCGGAUUCCUUUUUCAGGAUAUAGAAGAAGCUUUAUUAGCAGCCAGGACUGAUGAGAAACAGGUUCCCUGUCUGUAGACUUGGAAUGUCAAGAGGAUAACAGGUGCAGAUUUUAAGUGGGGUGCAAGAGAUCAGGUGGGCAAAACAACCAAUGGGGAAGGAUAAGGAUAUCCAGAGUGGGAAAAUGAGAAAGAUGAGACUAAGGGACCUAGUGAAAUGAAACCCAGAGUCUUACUUGUGACUGACACACAAAAGGUGGGUGGAAAUUUGGGAUAGCAUAUAAAUGUUUAUCUAAGGAAAAAAAAAACAGAGAUAAUAUAUAGACAUAUAUGUAUAUAGGUGUACAUAUAUCUAAAUAUACGGAAUGUACAGAAAGGAAGUAUUCAGACUUUAACAAAGGGAAAAAUAUCUUGCCUUGGUUUGGGGGAGUAGGAUAACUGGAUUUUCUGUGUUAUAGUCAUAUGAGCAGUAAGAGUAGCUGAUGGUUUUAAGUUUGAUUAUAGAAAAGGGAAGUCUAGACCUUGCCCUUUUCAUAAAUAAAGGAACAUCCAUCAGGGUUUGAUGAACUGUGCUGAUAGGACAAGAGAGGGGCUGAGGGGCUAGAAGGAAAUGGGGUAAGGAAAUGCCCCACCCAUGCAGAUCUAGGAAAAUCUAACACUUAUACUAUGUGCUACCUAUCUCUGGCAAUAACCCGCCCCUUGAACAACUUCUAAAAUGAACAAGCAAUCAAGCAAACACAAACAAAAGCAUCCUUCCAUUUUACUCUCUUGAAAUACACUCUGCAUUUUCAUUUUUUCCACCAAGGUGGGAACUGUCACUCUAAGCCGGUAACUGAAAACUGAGAAACUGAAAUUUUAGUAUUUGGGAAGCAUUAAGUGGAAACCUUAAUGCCAGAAUGCAAAUGCCAGGACUGAUGAGCGGUUGCGCUCAAGAUACUCUCAAGACAGAGACCCAAGCUUAUAUACAGAAAUCUUAAAAGGGGGUGCUUCAUAUAUCAAAGUCUCAGUCUUGGCAUGAAGGCAGAUUGAAUGCAUUGGCUUCCAGGCUCUUCUAUGAAAAUGCAGAAUGUGGCUUUCAUCUUCCCCAGAGGAUGAUGCAGUUCUGUGAGAGGCUUCUGAAAUCCCCAAACUGCUUUCACUGAUUCCUGCGGCUCCCUACUGCUCCUCCCACUUCCUGAAACCCACAUCAGCUAGUAUCCCAAGGGUUUCCCUGAGGUCAGCAGAGAAAGAAAAGCAGUCAUAACGUGGCUAUUAGCCAGGCACAUUGCACCUUCUCCAAGGCUUGGUUCCACAAAACUUCACCCCUGCUGGCUAAUGUAGUUUCUUUGCAAAAUAACACAGUUACCGAUGCUGUACAGUUAGCUGGGCUUCCAGGCCCAGUGUUGGCCAAUGCUACUGAAGCAGAAGUAUCUAGGGAUGAUUUUUCUACACAUUGCAUUAAAGACUAAACCAGGUCAAAUGUAUUUAGAAAAAAAAAGACGUGUGAGGUAUUUUUGGUUUAUUUUUGUCUGCUCAGAACAAACUACUAAAUAAACUGGAUGAAUCUCUUGUU